UUUAAGCAUCAGAAAUUUAAUCCUACCGAUAAACAUAUCUGUCUUAAUCAUCGUUCAUCAGAGGCUUCCAGCACUAUACCUGUUAGCUUAUAUAGUUUUAUUUUUGGUAAAUUUAAGGAAUUUUGUAUGGAAGAUCCAGAAAGAGAAGACAAUCAAUUUACCUAUGAUAUUUGUUAUGCAAUGGCUAAAUAUUAUGAUAAAGAGGAAAAACGCCAAGAUAAGGCAAAUGAAAUGCUAGAAGAAUAUCUCAGUUAUUCGGUGGAGUUACUUACGAUUAAACGCGAUGGUAAUUUAAAGGAUACACGUACCGAUGGCACUGUGUCCUUUUCUAAGCACUGUGUGGCCAACUUGGAGUAUAAAAGUGAUGACUGUUGCUCCAAUACUUCUCCUUAUUUAGAAAAUUGUAGCUAUUAUUUAGUUUUCUGCAACGAACAAGCAAAUAGUAGCUCAAAUAGCCCUUCAUCUUAUGUAACUAAUUUUCCAUGCUUUUUAGUUACAAUUGCAGGGUCUUAUUUUUCCGUUUCUGGUACCGUGCUUGCAGAUAUUGCAAUUAUAGACCCGUCUACCCUAGUUUUUCCCCUUAUUUGGCAGAAACAUGAUGAAAUGAUGCUAUCAAUUUCUAGAACAUUUCGGCCACCUAAACCUAAAAGAGCUUGUGUAAAGGUUGUUCAAAAGAAUAAAUAUUCACUUAAUACACAUCAGCUAUUAGCAGAAGCUAGAUAUGCUCCAAAAGUUCUUGCUAGUUUAAUUAUUCCAGGAAAUUGGCUUAUGGUUUAUAUGGAGUACUUGGAAGAUUAUUCGACAUUAAAUUACUUCACCUCUAUUAAUGAACGAAAUCAUUUAAAAGAGAAGAUCAAAGAAAUUGUUGGAUAUUUGCAUGAUGCAGGACAUUCUGGAGAGGUUGGUUCCGCAUGUUAUUCUCACUUUAUAAACCAUACUGAUAUUGAAUGGCCAGAUGGUGCUGAAAAUGGGAAACUAGUCACAAAAAACUAUGAUACUAAUUUGUUAAAUAAGACACUUUGA